UUGAAUAAAAACAAUAUUAGUUGUGACAAGCAUCUUAUGAUCAUAGGAAAUUGGGAAGAGGAAGAAGAAGCAAGAGAAGAAAUGUCAACACUAGUAUUUAUUUUAUUGCUAGUUCGUGGAAGCACUAUAGGUGCUGCAUCAGUCACUAACUCCUCAGUUUGUAGUACUGACUUUAAUGAAGAGACUUAUGAGCUCAUGAGGGCAGGAGGUACCUGUGAGCCCUAUAAAACCUAUGGCAAUGGAUACUCAGAGUGUGACCUGUAUCUGACUCCUGAAGUAGACUAUGUCUAUAUACCCUCAACAAGGAUCAGAGGGAAUCAAGAUAACGUGAGAGAUUUCAUGGAGAACGCUGCAGUCAUACUAGACUUCCUUACCAACGAGUUGUGCAGGGAACAGCUGGCAAGAGUGUUGUGUAAUUAUUAUUACUAUCCUUGUGGGGUCAAUGGGACUCUGACAGUACCCCAGUUCAUCUGUUCUGAUGUGUGUAGUUAUGUAUCCAGUAUCAACUGUGUCUCUGAAUGGAAUUCACUGGAAGGAAUAGUUCAUGAUCAUGUCAGUAAUGAUCCAUUCUAUACUAAUGAUCCAACACUGUUCAUACCAAAAUGCAAUGAAACCAACCUUCCACUGGCUUUCCUUAACCUAUCCAGUGACUGUUGUACAGAUGGAGGAAUUGAAAUACCCAUAAGCUCAUCUUCCAUUCAUCAAACCAGUUUCAUUAUUACAUCAUCAUCUUUAGUCAGCACCACAUCCAUUACAUAUGGCUCUACAUCACAUUCCAUCAGGCCCAUUAGUUCUACUACUGCUACACCUCAACCCACAAAUAGUUUACCAAUGACUGUUGCUCUUGUUAGUGGAGUAGCAACUGGUUUAGUAUUAGCCAUUGGUCUACUGAUAGUAAUAAUAAUAAUAAUUGUAUUUAUUAUUAUUGUUAAGAAGAGAAGGAGGUCUAAACAGAAGAGGAAUGCUAAUGAUGAUCAAAUCUCAAACAGAUAUUUCCCUGUCAAGAAAAGCACACAAAAUUUUCUAAAGGAUUCAACAGAAAAGCAACAGAGCUUUAAGCAUAAAGAUACCUGCAGCGAAUUAUUCAUAAAAAAACUUGAGAAGUUCAUAAUACUCGAAAAGAACUUGGAACUAAUAGAAAAGAUAGGAGAAGGAGAAUUUGGUAUUGUAGUACGAGGUUUACUAAUUGAGUUUGAUAAAAGUAUUCCUCCGAAACCAAUAGCAGCCAAAACAUUAAAAGGGAUGUUCACUGAUAGAGAUAUUGAGUCCAUUAAAGAAGAGACAAUAAAGAUGUCCCAAUUUGAUCACAUCAACGUACUAUCACUGAUAGGAGUCUGCUUGGACUCAGGCCCUGCUCCAUUGAUCAUUAUGAACUACAUGAGGAAUGGAAGCUUACUCUCUUUCCUCAAGAAAGAGAGAGCUAAUCUUACAGUAGCUGAGAGUGUAGACAUUGAUAUCAUUGGAGACACUAGGAAGCAGUUGCUGAGCAUGUGUCUACAGGUCAGUAAUGGCAUGAAGUAUCUCGCUAGUAACAAGUUUGUACACAGAGACCUAGCAGCAAGGAACUGCAUGAUUGAUGAUAAAGGAAUAAUCAAAGUUGCUGAUUUUGGAUUAACUGAAGAUAUUUAUACAAAGAAUUAUUUCAAACAGUUCAGCAGUAGCUCAGCUUCUUGUGGAUCAACACUAUCAGCCAGCGGAGAGUCAGUUAGGCUGCCAGUGAAAUGGAUGGCAUUAGAAAGCCUUCAUGAUGGGAUCUUCUCUGAAAAGACAGACGUGUGGUCGUAUGGUGUCCUCUGCUGGGAGGUAUUCAGUCUUGGAAAGACUCCAUAUCCUGGGACAGGACCACGUGAAGUCAUUGAACUCCUUGAUAAUGGAGAAAGAUUGAAAUGUCCAGCUAAUGCAGCCUGUAGCCAUGAUAUUUACUCAUUGAUGAGUAAGUGUUGGAGUGAAGCACCUACAGAUAGACCAGCAUUCAGUUCAUUGUAUGAAGAGAUUAAUGAACUAAUUAAACCAUUGGCUGGAUACUUUGAGCUAACAAAUGAUGUAUAACAUUAACAAAAAUAAUGAUGAUGAUAAUAAUAAUAAUAAUAAUAAUAAUAACAAUAAUGCUCUUACAAUACAACCUGUCAAUGAUAGUCAUUCAUUACAA